AUGGCUGGAGAGGUGCCACAAGCACAGAGGUCGGAGGUCGAUGCGAAGUUCUUAAAGGACAGCAAAAAGGCGAUGGUGGUGUUCUUGAAAAGAUCGGUGGAGGAUUUGUAUAGAAGGCGAGUCCAAUACAUGGCUAGUCCGAACCCGCGCGAAGGAGUACGUCGCCUUCGUAAAGCUCGGGCGGUAUCACGGAUUCAUUGGAUGUCUACUUUUAAGACAGAGGUCUUUCUGACAAUUUGAGUAAGGAGGAGGUUGAUAGAUGGAAUCAAAGGCUGAAGGACGCACUGAAGCAAUAUGUGAAUGCGGAAAAUGGAGAACGCGGACUGAUGGUACAAGAGGUGGUACGUGCUGUCUCAAUGCUAGCGUUUGGGCGGAUGCUCGUGAAAAGGUUCGAAUUCGUUCUAAGGUCGACGUUAAAGGUGUACGCACAAGAGCGUCCUAAACAAACGUUCUGGUUUUCGUCCCGUUUACUGAGACUAGCGGCAGCCCUUGCUUUGGUGUUGUGA